AAUUUUUGAUUAUCUAUUCUCCAAAAUCAUGUCAUAAAUUGCCAAUAAACCGAUAAAUUAGUGUUUAACGUGUAGAUAUCGUAGCAAAGUUGCUAUUGUCGCGUAAAUUUUAAAAAGUCUGAUAAAUUUUUAAUAACUUACCUCUCGCAAUGUUCCGGAUCGAGUCUUAUAUCACUCCAAUAAUCAUCAAUUAUGUCGAAAAAUACGUGAAAAAUUUCCGCCCGCAAGAUGCGCAGGUCUCAAUCUUUUCUGGUGAUGUGGCAUUUCAAAAUCUCGACCUCCGACUGAGUGCAUUGGAAGAAGACUUGGAUUUGCCGCUGAAAUUCAUCUCGGGACACGUUCACGAGCUCAGUAUUCACAUUCCGUGGGUGAAAUUAGCUUCCGAACCGAUUGUUGUUGCCAUCAACACGAUCGAAUUCGUCGUUCAGCUGCGAGAUGCGAACGAUUUGCCCACAAAAACUUCGGUAAAGGAGCAAAUUACGCCCGUUACAGAACCUCCGCCCGGAUAUCUCGCCUCGUUAGUCAAAAAAAUCGUCAAUAACAUCAGUAUCAAGUGCAAUAACAUCAUUCUGAAGUACGUCGAGGAGGAAAUUGUUCUUUCGUGCAAUAUUCAAGAGUUGACUCUCAGUUCGGCGGAUAUGAAUUGGCAGCCAGCGUUUAUUGACAUCUCGCCGAUUAAAUUUUUGGUCAGGAAAUUGGUCAAAGUUAACGAUUUGACGGUUUGUUUGGAUAAGCGGAACGCCAUGGGGAAGAUUGAAGUUUGUUUGGAGCCAAUUUUGUAUCGUUGCAGCUUGGAGGGACGCAUUGUGACGAAAUAUAAUUUUAGUACGAGGGAGAAAACUUCGUUGAAUCGCAUCGAUAUCUUGAUAAAGUUCUUGGAUAUUAAUGUUUCGACGGAUCAGUUUCCGAUGUUAAGGCGGUUGGUUGAGUUGUUGAGCAUUUUGCCGGAAAAGAAGAACGAUUUGGAUAUGGCGAUCAAGAGAGCGAGUACAGAAAGUCAGGAACAGAUCCAACUCUCCGACGAGCAAGACGAAAGCCUCGUCUCAUGGUUAUGGAAUCAAAUCCCUGCCAUUUUUCCCCCCGACGACGACGAAUCCACGCAAGAAUCUUCCGACGCUGACGACGAAGAGCACAUUAUUCACUUCGGCACGUACAUCGAAACCAUCAAAGUCAUGUUCAAAUCGCAAGAAAUCUUCAACGAAAGCAGCGUUGCCCCAAUAAAAAAGGUAAAAUUCACUCCCUUGAUGAGUUUCGAGUUCAACGGAGCCUUCAUGGAAUCCAUUCGCAUCGGAAAAAAUUGGCAAAAUACCCAAGCGGGCAUUUCAAGCAUGCGAUGCGCCUUCAUGGGAGACUGCCCGUGCAAAAAUUCAACAACAAUCGACGAACCCUUUUACUCUACCGGGAUUUCUGAUGCAAUUAAUUUCCUCCGAGGAUCACUUUUUGACGUCGAAUCACCCGAAAAUGUCGGAUCGCAGUGCAAAUACACCGCGAAUUUCACAAGUCACAUGGAACAGCACUCAGAAAGUCGACUUUUGGAACGAACGGCAGCUGUUUCAAUCGAUAUUGUGGAUUUCGUGUCAGAUAUUCCGUCACAAAAUGAAAAUUUUGCCAUGGGAAAUGCUUUUGACAUCACGACAGCGAGCAAAAAACACAUAAUUCGAGCAUUUAUUGGGCCUUUUACGCUGAAAUAUUGCCCGGAUUUGGUCCAUCGCACGAAAUUACUUCAACAAUUCCUCGAAAAUUACAAAUAUUCGCCAUAUUUGGAGCCAAAACCGCCUUUAUCUCGGAAUAGUUUGCGUCCUCCGACAGAUGAAGAAGUCGAAACGUUCGAAAAAAAGGGAUUUCCGAUGCAAAUUAUCUCAAUUUCGGUCAUAAAUCCUUCUUUUCAUGUCCAUAUGUGGGAUCACACCCGAAAUUUACGCAAAACCAAAGCUAGGGGAUACGAAAAGUUACUUCUACCGUACUUACUUUUGAAGAUCGAUCGUUUAAACGGAACGAUUCAAUAUCCGUUGGAGUCAAAUUUAGUUCCUACGUUGUCGCAAUUGGACAGUAUUAAUAAAAUUCUCGCAGAUUCGCCCUUUCGGAGGACAAAUAUCGAGUUUUCGAGCAUUUCUGGGGCGCUAAUCUUCGUCGAACAAGUCUUCGAGGUCUUUGAAAUCGAAAAUUUCACAAUAAAAAUGCGAGAAUUACUCCUUCCAGAGCUUUGGACCAACCCGGAUGUCAUAAAAAUGAACGUUGAUGCCAUCCUGAAGCCCUUAAAGUUCAAAACGAACGCCGCUCAACUAUUUUUAUUGCAAAAUUUGGUCGAUUCAGUGACUAACAUGCGUUAUAUUGACGUUUUAAACACAAGUCUCCUUGCUGACAUCUCCAACCAACAUCUCGUAACGCUGAAUUUCGACUUCGAUCUACUCGUCGCGGGCUACGAUCGCACUGAAUUCUACCAAAUUUUGCAGUUACAAGUCGAAAAGUGCAUCGGACAUGCCGAAAUUCCUGCUUUAGCUUUAAAAACUCACGUCAUUCAAUGGCCUUUGAUCCCAAAAAGUGUCUCCAGCAACUUUAUCUCGCUAAUUCUUCAAUUACCUCUCGAUGAAAAGUCAAUUUCUCAUCCUCCGAUUGUUGAUUUGCGCAUCGAGCCGGGAGGAGUUUCCUUUGAUUCGCUUUUUUGUCGAUUUUUGAACUACGAUGUCAAGCGAUGGAGUCAUCCGAUGUUCGAGCAAGCGGCGAAUGUGUCUUCGAAAUCGGAUACCGCGGUUGUUCUCGAUACGCCGAUCAGGAGAAAAGUUUCGGUUGAAGCGAAAAAACCGUUGCAAGCGAUUCCGUCGGUGCAUUCGAGCUCGGAUCGAGAUGCGGGAGUGUCGAUAGUUGUUGAAGCAGCGGAAGAAGAAACAAAGGAGAAGGAGAAAACGAAUAUUUUUGAGAUGUUGAAGAGGAUUGUGAUACAAAUAGAAGUUGCAAUGACGACGGUUUAUUUUCCCACGAAAUGCAUGACGACGAGUAUUUUUGAGCAGCAGGAUUUGACGAAGGAUGGGAAUUUGAAGGAUAAUGAUGUUGCGAUUUUUAGACUUCCUUGUUUGACGAUCGUUUCCUCUGUCGGCCAAAUCCCAAUUAAGACAGAAACUCUUCCGAUCAGCAUUCCCUCAAAAUGUUGGAGUCAUGGAAAGUUAAGUUUUCCGUGGAAUAUUCAAUUUAAGGACUGUGCUGUCAGUACAAUUCAAAACGGAAGACAUUUUCCGUUCCUGCAUCCAAAUACGACGAAUGUUAUCAUCAACAUUAAUGAUCAAGGUCCGCUAUCAGUUGACUUGCAUAUCGAUAUGAAACCAAUUGAUGUUAAUUUUAUCGUUGAUCAGAUGAACUUCAUCAUGCGCAACAUUCGCCAAUUCCUCGACUUAUCUCUCAUCAAACGCCUCUACGUGACUUCUCAACCCGCCAAACCAACAUUAGACUUCUCCACAAACUCCAAUUCUCAAGUUUCAACCGAAAUCAAGGAAUUUUUGUCGUACGCACAAACCUCAUGGUUCUCCAGCAUCAAAUCCAUCGACAGCAAAAGCGAAAUCCGAAGCGAAGCAACAACGACUGCAACUUCAAGUGCAUCAAAAGCUCCUCCUCCGAUCAUUCCGCAAGGCUCGUACUCCCUUUUAGUGCAAUUUACCUUGACAAAAGUCUCCCUCGUGGCAUUCAAUUGCGACCCAACGACAAAAUGCAACAAAAAAUUCACCGUUUCACUCGAAGACAUCAUCAUCAGUUUCAACCAACGCCCGAAUUACCAUCAAUUAAUGCUGAAAAUUGCCUCUGCCAAGGGCGAAUGUCACGAAAAAACCGAAUUUCACAACGAAUACAACAAAAACGAGAAUUUAGGUUUUCAUUUUCACUCCGACAGUGACUUAAUUCACGAAAAAGGAGCUCGCGACGCUGCUGUUUUGCAACUUUUGGUCACGUGCGCCGACAAAAUCGACGUCCAAACAAAAUGGAAAGUGAAAAUUAAGCAAAAUCUGAACUCGGAAUCACGUUUUUUGACGGAAGUUGGUCUCAAGAUGCAACAUUUCGACGUCGCCUUGGACUUAGAACUUCUCGCUGAGUUCAUCGGAGCCUUUCGUUUAGACGAGCGACGUGCUGAACGUGAUUUAAGUCAAAAAAAUAUCACAUCAGUGGAUGAUUUGCCACUUUUUGACUUCCAAAGUAAGGGAAUUCGGGUAUUUUUGCCCGUUUCAAGGAGCGAAACGAAAGAUUGCAACGUUUAUAUCCUCACAAUUGCCGAUAUUCGGAUGGUUGAACCCGAAAAUAAGAUCAACAGAACCGCAUUACGUCCGGAUAUUUAUCACAAAGCGCAGCAAUUGGGCAUUUUAGACGUUUACGGUACCAAAGUUGAGAAUCGCCAAUACGAAUUGAUGUUCCAAAACAUCUCUUUGUGCACGGGAAACUGGAUUAACGUCCUCGAUACGUUCUACAAGCAACAAACGGCGACGCAUCACGACAAUCCAGCGCUUGAAUGGAAUCAAAAUGAGGCUCCGCCGAGCAGCAAACCCGAAAUUGUCGUAAAAACUGUCUUUAAUGGCUUCAAUCUUGGAAUUGUUUAUGCUCCGAGCAUCAUUUUCGAAAACGUUCUCGUCUGCCAAGAAGCCAUCGAGUUCAACUGCACCAAAGAUAUGACCUUGUCGAUGACCUUGAACCAACUUUCGCUCGCAUGUCAACUCGCGCAGCUCCAAGAACAACUUUUAUCAGUUUUAUACCCGAAACCAAAGCCCGAUGUCCUCGUUCUGAACGAAUUAACGCAAGAAUAUGUCGGCGUCAGUUCAAAUCUCUUCCAAAAUCCACCAACUCCGACAAUUUUCAAGCGAACAGGAUCAGUUGACUUCACUCCUGCCUCUCCAAAAGACGUUUUUCGUGAAGAAUCUGCAAAAAAAUCAACUUCAGCACGUCAUCGAAUGCCAAAAAGAACCCAAAGUCUCAUCCAAAUCGAGAAACGAUCGUUACAGGACUCCGGAAUUGAGUCUCUCGGGGCUUCUAAUGACAAAAAACGACUAAAACAGAAAAUUUCCCAACUAAAAAAAAAUUAUCAGAUCAAGGAAAUUGUUCUCAUGCCUUACGAAACUUACUUUAACGGAGGAAUUUUCACAUUUCGCCUUUACAAAUCCGACGAAGAUCUCCCGGCGGCGAAAAAAGAGACAAUUCCUCUUCUUACAACGACUCUCGAUCGUCCGAAUAUUUUCGUGCGGCAAACAAAUUAUGAAAAAUCCGUCAAAAUUUCCCUCCUGGACCUGCGAAUAACGCUCGGAUUGGAAGCUGGAACGAAAAAAAAGCCUUCACAGAGCAUUUCGUUGCUUGAAACACGCUCCGGAGAGACAGAUCAUACGGGCGCGUUCCUUCCUUUCUUCGAAUUUCGUCAUGUGACGUCACUUACGAAGGCUGACGAGGUGCACGUGAAAGUUGGAAGACCCCUGAAAGUCAAAAUAAGUCAUUUAACGUUAGAAAAGUUGCUGGAUUUGCAGUUUACGGUACAAAAUUCGCUUGAAAAAGGAGUUCAACAGAGGAAAAAAGUCAUUCCUGUGCCGGCGAAACGUACAAAUGCAUUUAAACAAGUCAAAAAUUACCUGCAGGACUUGAAUAAAUUAAAUUUUCAAGUUUCGCAGGUCUUAUUCGAGCUUUCAGACAACAAAAAUUACGAUUUUAAACUCACCUGUGGGGGAGUUCAGGCUAAUUUGAGUCUUGUGGAAAGGAUUGAACGCAUAAAUUUUAAUGCCAAAGUUCAUUCUUUGAUUUUGACAGCGAAUGGGGAGACAAUUUUGCAUCCUUUGACGUUGGAAGCCGAGCUGAGUGUCUCUCAGGAGUCAUGGAAACGGGAGCCAAUCGUAGUUUUAGUUGUCAAAUCGAAUUUUCUUCAAGUAGAUUUGCAUUGUCAUCAUCAAAAUGAGUUUAUUUUAAUGCAAAAUGCGUUAAAUCGGGUCUUUGUGAGGUAUGAGGAGAUGCGAGAAGAGGUCCAAAAAUCCAUUUUUGAGGAAGAAAUUGAAAAAGAAUCGAAAGUUGAAUUCAUUCCGUUGCAAUUAUCGCUUCCGGAGCCAAAAUCCCGCCCAAAACAGGAGAAUUACGAAGACGAUUUGCGUGCAGGAGCCUUUCAAUUUAUCGAAACGACCAGUUUGGCGGAACUUCCGUUGCCGUAUCAGAUUCAAAUUUAUUCCAAAUUGGAUUUGAGUUCGGUUUGUUGGCGAUAUCCGCAGCCCCGGUGCUUGAGUCAAGUGAAAUUGUUUCCCGUGCCGAUUCAAUUUGCGAAGCCAACGGUGUUAGAGUGCAAAUUGGAGUAUUAUAACAGUGUGAGGGAGAGUUUCAUGUUGGCAAGAAGUUUUGUGUUGUCCGAUCAGGAAGCAACAAAUGUCGAAAUUCCAGCGAGAAAUGUUUGUUCGAGUAUUUGGAGAGUCACGGUAGUGCAAAUUGUCGUAAGGAAUGAGGAUGAUAGUGAAAAUGAGGAAGAGGAGGAUGAGGAAGAAACGAGUGAUUCGAUGAAGGAUGUUAAAGCGGAUUGCAACAUAACAGACAUCUUAUCGCCAUCAACUCCCUUCAACAACUCCUUAAACACUCCCGCAUCAACUUUCAGUCCAAAACUCUUCGUUGGCUGCCUUCGAGUCGACUCUUAUUAUAAUCCCGCAACCAUCCCAACUGCCGACGUCAUCAUCGACUUUGGAAAUAUUCAGUUAAAUUUGAUGGCUUGUUCAACUUCUGGCCGAACCCCGAAAAUCGUGCGUGGCUUAAAACUUCAAGGAGGCUUAAUCCCGCCCCACAAAUGCCUUUCUUUUAACCUGAGCGCAUUUUUGUGUCACACAAGCGUCUUUGAUGACUUCCAAAUUUUACAUUUUGACGCGGAAACGGAAGUCGCCUGCGACAUAAUCGACUAUUCGUUCAUGAAUUACACGGCGUUGUUGGAAAAUUUCAAAGUUCGGGCCUACAUCGAGUUCACGGAGGAGGAGAAAAAAGUGAAUUUCGUCACAAGUACGAUGCAUCUUCGUUACGGACAGUCAGUAGCUCAUGCGAUUUCCGUUUUAACGAGAAUUUUCAAAGAUUCUGAGCAAAUUUUGACGAAAGAUGAGACGGAUCUUGUUCUGAUGUCGCGUUAUGUGGUUUGCAAUCAAACGAAUGUCGAUUUGGAGUUUGGGCAAUUUGGGACGAGUCAAAUUUUUUCACUGCCUGGACGAAGUUUCUUGCUUUAUUCGUUGCACAUGGAAGCGAAAAAUGAUGAUAAUUUAAUUUUUAUUCGUUUCAAGAACGAAAAUGUCUUAAAACCGUUGAAAAUCGACGAAGAAGGCGUUCACAAAUGUUUAAUUCGCAAUAAAAUCCUAAUUGUGAACAUUCAAAAUAUUUCUUCGUUCCAAAAGAAAAUUAACAUUUCAGGUCAUGUCGAAUUUUAUAACAUGACAAGCAAUCCGUUCCUCGUUCAGUACAAAAUUUACGCAAAUCAAGUCGAUACAACGCAAAAUAGCACAAUUACCGAACUCACUGUCGACGAUAAAUCUCAUGCGAGCACUUUUGGUCCCUGCAUCGACGAAAACGCACAAGAAUCGAUCCGCAUCAAGUUCGCAAGUCUCCCCAAAAAGUCAUGGAGUGGCGAAAUCCCCUUGAAAGAAAUCGGCAAAAAUAACAAACCCUGGAUGGUCAAAGUUCCGGCGGCGAAUAAUUUUGGCGAAGCGAGUUUUUGGGUCAGAAUUAUUCGAGAACCGAUCGAGGAGUUUCGCGUUUCGAAGAGUUUUUGUCCCGAACGAGUUUUGGUGAUAAUUUGGCCGCUUUACUCGUUGAAAUCGAAUUUGACAAUUCACACGACGGCUUAUGAGGAUAAGCACAAGCAAAAUUAUUCGAUUUUUGGAAGAGGGGAAGUUAAGGAGAUGCAGAUGCCGGGAACGUAUGAAGAUGAUCAUGAGUUGGCGUUUAAAAUGGAUUUCAAGUCACUUUAUGACGAGGACAAGAGACGUGCUUUGCUUUCGUACAAACUCAUCGAUGCCAAACAAUUUUUCCAAGUGCCUCCAACUUUCAAAAAUAUCGAAAAUGCCAUUAAAUUGCUGCAAACUGAGACAUCCGCUAAUUGGCCAUGCAAACGUGAGGAAGAGCUGCGAUGGAAUCGAGAAAAUUCUUUUCAAGAGGGAACGUUGCCGAUUUAUAAAUGUGGUCCAGCGCAGGAGUUGUCGUGUUCGUUGAUGCUAACGAUCUCGCCAUGGGCUCUUUUUAUUAAUUCAACGGGAGUUUCGAUUAGACUGAAAAGUGUGGAUGGCAAGGAAAGUUGUUUAAUUGAACCGAAUAACGUCGUGAUGCCUUUUAGUGUUGAGUACGCUUUCGAAUUCGAAAUAAAACUUUCUGACGAUGAAUGGACCUACGGCGGCUUAUUACACAUUAACAACAACUUCAAAUUAGGCCCCGACUCUUAUCUCAUUCCCGAAGAAGGAAUUGUCCCGAUUUGCGUUCGAAACAAUCGAAAUUUGCUCUCGAACUUUAUUUUGCAUUCCUUGAACGAAGACAGUUCGAUGCGAGUUUUCAUCCUUACUGCAGGUCACGUGGUUGUCAAUUACACGGAACACGAUUUAAAUUUCUUCUCGUUCGCCAUUCAAACGAACGAAAAAGGAAAUUCACUGAAAUUUUGGGAAAAUAUCAAAGAAAGCGUUUAUUCGACUGAUCGCACGUCGUGUCAAGCUUUUAACGCGAAAGGAACGCCCGUGACACUUUUUUCGUGCAUCGGAAGUCCCAAAACGAAAUUCAAAAUUAACUCGACUUAUAAUUAUUUUUUGACACUUUUCAAUGGAGAUGCCGAGAAUUGCUCCUGUCCCUUGCUGUUGAACAGAAAAAUCAAGAGAAAAUCAUUUUCUGUGUUUUGUGAAGGUCGUUACAUUCCCUUUAUCGCGUCAAUUCAUCGAUUUCAGGAUCAACAUUACAUUUCCAUCUACCAAGACGAAGCCCCAAUGUUGGCAGUCGAGAAUUUGACGGAUUUUCAUGUUUUUGUUGCCCAAAGUGAGACUGUUGGCAACAAUGGAAAUGCUCCCGUGAACGAUUGCGAUGCCGACGACAAGUUUAAAUGGUAUCAACAAGUACCAUCGAAGCAAAUUGUUUACUAUACGCCUCCUAUUGUCGAUGAAACAUUCCCCGAAAUUGAUCCUGUCGAGUAUGGAUUGAUCUUUUCGUGUGUCAGUAAUAGCGGAACGCCCCUCAGAUGGUCGAGAGCUGUCAAAAUUGACGAAAAUAAGGAAGUUUUCUUGGAAAUUCCGUUAUAUGGUGACAUUAAAGUGUCGCUGAAUACGACGGGAAAGACCAUAAAAGUUGUUUUAGAUUACAUUCGGCAGGACACCGAAUUCAGUGCCAAAGACAUUCGUGCGAGACUCUCCAACCCUCGAGCAUCCAGCUUAAGUGCUCGUUCAGACCAAAAAUUGUCUCCUCCAAUAUUGCCAAGACAUUCUUUCGACUCUACCGACGACAAUGAGAUGCAAAAAUCCUUUUUGGACUCCCUCACAAUUCACAGUUUCAUCGAAGGCAUUCACAUAACGCUCUUCAACAACUCCGACAAGAAAUCCAAUCGCAAACGAGAGAUCCUCCUGUUCAACUUAGACGACGUUACCUUCAGAAUUUCGUAUCCAACGCGCCAAAUUCACCUGACUUUCGAUAAUUUCCAAGCAGAUAACCAACUUUUCACGAACGGAGACUUUGAUUUUCCCGUAAUCGUUUGUUCGCAAGGCGAUUUUACGUCACGCGGGAAACGAGCUUCAGUUUAUGAAUUAGAGCAAUGGAUGAAAAAUCGUUCGGAUUUGACAAUUUUCGGAGAUAUUCGCAUGGAAUUGUACGAAAAUGACGAAGAAGGCGUGAAAAGUGUGGAAAUUCGAAUUAAACCUCUUCGAGCGUACAUUGAGGAUUCGUACAUUAUGGAGCUUGUGGAUUAUAUCAGCGAUUGUUUCGGAACAAAUGCCUUGUAUGACGUUGAACCGUACGUGGAAAAGGAAAAAUGUCCCAAAGAUCGAGUUUUAGUACCGCGUGAAGUGCAGCAAACAGCAUUGGCAGAUGUCAAAACUGUUAGAUUGAAGAUUAUUCGAGUUCAUCCGUUGAAUGUGCUGCUUUCGGUUCAUACUUGCUUGAGAAUGUACAUCGCCUUAGAUCACAGUCCUCUUGACUUUUCCAUGUACGAAUUGGCAGAUGUGAAUACUUUACCUGAAAAUUUGUCAGCUUCAGCUUCCAUGCAUUACUUAUCGGGAGCAAUUUUCGGCGCUGGAUGGGUUGUUGGUUCAUUAGAAAUUCUUGGAAGUCCUUCUGGAUUAGUUCGAACUUUCUCAAGCGGAUUACGUGAUUUUAUCUCGAUGCCUGUUCAGGGCCUCUUCAACGGUCCAUGGGGAUUUCUCGUUGGCAUCACACAAGGCUCAACGUCUCUUUUGCGAAACAUUACCGCAGGAACCGUCAACUCCGUCACAAAAUUAGCAGCUUCUUUAGCGCGAAAUUUGGAUCGUUUAACACUCGAUUCGGAGCACGUUCAACGAACCGACGCCAUUCGUCGUUCACGUCCUCAAGGAGUAACUGCUGGAUUCACGCAAGGCUUAACUGGUUUGGGAAUUUCACUUCUCGGAGCACUCGGAGGCUUAGCACAUCAUCCGCUGCAAGCAAAUUCUCCCGUUCAAGUCGUCACGGGCUUUGGAAAAGGUCUCGUCGGCGCAGUUGCGAAACCAAUUUCAGGCGCUGCGGAAUUAGUUGCGUUAACGGGACAAGGCGUUUUGCAAUCUGUGGGCUUUAAUAAUCUCCCGGUGCCUCGAGCGUUGCAAGAAAUUCACCAAAAAUCAUCCGAAGCGAUGACUUCGACCUUUUUGUGGCGUGCUUUGGAUGAAUCUUCGCUUUUUUCGUGUUCCGCAACCAUGAGAUCUCGUAAUGGAUUCAAAUCUGUGCAAAUUGUCUUGCUUAAAAACGAAAUUGUCGUUUUUGAUAAUGCGCAACUUUCGAAGACUUUUACGUACAAAUUGAACGAAAUUCGUGUCGCGAUGCAAAAAGAAGACGCGACGCUUGUUCUUGUCACAAAAGAGCAAGAAACUGCUGAACCAGAAUUUCACGACGAAUAUCACGUGUCGCCAAGAACUAUUCAAUAUGUGCAGCAAACACAAAGCUUGAGUAACAUUCCGAUAAUUUGGCAAAACGAGGAAAGGGAAGAAAAUGACGUCGCAGAAGUCGUUGAAAAGGUUGAAAAAUUGGAUUUGGAGGAAAAUGACGCCGUUUUGAACGUCGGAUUUUACAUGGAUGAAAGUCAUGCGAGGCAUUUCGUGGCUUAUGUUGGAUUGCUCAAGAGAUUCGUUCUGAGCUCAAAUGAAUUUUCGCCCUACGAAUGACGAAAAAUUGAUGAAAAAUUACCUUUAGAGGUUUUAGUCUAAAAUUAAAAUUUAAAUUGAAAAAUUGAAGAUGUGAUAAAUUUUAAAUAAAUAAAUUUUUAGA